AUGGCUUUAAGCAAAGGGCUGCGGCUGCUCGGGCGGCUGGAGGCCUCGGGGGAGAGCAGCAUCCUGCUGGAGGCGCGCGGCCGCGGGGACUGCUUGCUCUUCGAGGCCGGCACGGUGGCCACGCUCGGUGAGUGCGGCAGGCGGCGCCGCCCGGGGCUCCGGGCCGGCGAUUCCGCAGCGGCGCCGGGGCUCGGGCCGCGCCCUGGUCCCCUGUCCCGGGGAGGAUGCCCGGAGGGGAGGCAGCCAGACAUCACCAGCGGCUGUCCUGCCGGGACCCAGAGGCUGCAAACGAUUUACAUGGAUGAUGGAGUGUCGUCUUUUGUUCAGAUCAGAGGCUCCGUUCCGCUGUUUUGGGAGCAGCCAGGGCUUCAGGUGGGUUCCCAUCAUCUGAGACUCAACAGAGGCCUGGAAGCCAACGCCCCUGCUUUCGACAGGCACAUGGUGCUUCUCAAGGAGCGGUAUGGGAAGCAGGUGGUCGUGAACCUGCUGGGGAGCAGAGGCGGAGAGGAGGUGCUCCACAGAGCCUUCAAGAAGCUGCUCUGGGCUUCUUGCCACGCCGGCGACACGCCUAUGAUCAACUUUGACUUCCAUCAGUUUGCCAAAGGCGGGAAGCUAGAGAAAUUGGAGAACCUGCUGAGGCCACAGUUGAAGCUGCACUGGGAUGACUUUGAUGUGUUUGCCAGGGGCAAGAAUGUGAGUCCACGUUUUCAGAAAGGCACUUUGCGGAUGAACUGUCUCGACUGCCUGGACCGAACCAACACGGUGCAGAGCUUCAUCGCCCUCGAGGUCCUCCACCUGCAGCUUGAGAGCCUAGGGCUGAAUUCAAAGCCCAUUGCCGACCGCUUCGUGGAGUCCUUCAAAGCCAUGUGGUCUCUGAACGGGCACAGCCUGAGCAAGAUAUUCACGGGCAGCCGGGCCCUGGAAGGGAAGGCCAAGGUGGGGAAGCUGAAGGACGGGGCCCGGUCUGUGUCUCGCACAAUCCAGUCCAACUUCUUCGACGGGGUGAAGCAGGAGGCCAUCAAGCUGCUGCUGGUCGGGGAUGUGUACACUGAAGAGUCUGCGGACAAAGGAAGGAUGCUGCUGGACAACCAGGCCCUGCUGGCGACUCCCAGGACCCUGCGAGCCAUGUCGGAGCGCCAGUCGGAGUUCACGAAUUUCAAGCCCGUGCGCGUCGCCGUGGGCACCUGGAAUGUGAAUGGAGGGAAGCAGUUCAGGAGCAACCUGCUGGGCACUGCCGAGCUGGCCGACUGGCUGCUGGAUGCGCCCGUGUUUUCCGGAGUCUCUGGAUCCCAGGAUGACAGCAGCCCAGCCGACAUAUUUGCCGUGGGGUUUGAAGAGAUGGUGGAACUGAGCGCGGGGAAUAUCGUCAACGCCAGUACCACCAACAGGAAGAUGUGGGGUGAGCAGCUUCAGAAAGCCAUCUCACGCUCUCAUAGGUAUAUUCUCUUGACUUCGGCACAGCUGGUGGGCAUCUGUCUUUACAUCUUUGUACGUCCGUACCACGUCCCCUUCAUCAGGGACGUGGCGAUUGACACAGUGAAGACGGGCAUGGGGGGAAAGGCGGGGAACAAGGGCGCCGUGGCCAUCCGCUUCCAGUUCCACAGCAGCAGCUUCUGCUUCAUAUGCAGCCACCUGACGGCCGGGCAGUCCCAGGUGAAGGAGAGGAACGAGGACUACAGCGAAAUCACCCAGAGGCUGAGCUUCCCCAUGGGAAGAAACAUUUUUUCUCACGAUUAUGUGUUUUGGUGCGGCGAUUUCAACUACCGCAUUGAUCUCACUUACGAAGAAGUCUUCUAUUUUGUUAAACGCCAAGACUGGAAGAAGCUCCUGGAAUUUGAUCAGCUACAGCUACAGAAAUCAAGUGGAAAAAUUUUUAAAGACUUUCACGAAGGCACCAUUGACUUUGGACCCACCUACAAGUAUGACGUUGGCUCUGCUGCCUACGACACAAGUGACAAAUGCCGCACCCCGGCCUGGACGGACAGGGUCCUGUGGUGGAGGAAGAGGCAUCCUUUUGACAGAACAGCUGGAGAACUCAACCUUCUAGACAGUGAUCUGGACGCUGACACCAAAGUCAGACACGCCUGGUCUCCUGGUGCCCUCAAGUAUUACGGCCGAGCAGAGCUGCAAGCGUCUGACCACAGACCCGUGCUGGCCAUCGUGGAGGUGGAAGCGCAAGAAGUCGAUGUGGGUGCUCGGGACAGGGUGUUCCAGGAAGUGUCCUCUUUCCAGGGCCCCCGGGACGCCACCGUCAUCGUCAACCUUCAGUCGCCCACCUCCGAAGAGAGAAACGAGUUUCCCGAGGACGUGCGCACGGAGCUCAUGCAGACCUUGGGCGGUUACGGGACGAUCCUGCUUGUCAGGAUCAACCAAGGGCAAAUGCUGGUGACUUUUGCAGACAGUCACUCGGCGCUCAGCGUGCUGGAUGUGGACGGAAUGAAGGUGAAAGGCAGGGCUGUGAAGAUUAGACCGAAGACCAAGGACUGGCUGAAAGGUUUGCAAGAGGAGAUCAUUGGAAAGCGGGACAGCGUGGCCUCCGUGUCCCCCACCGCCAACUCCUGUCUGCUGGAGGAAAGCUUCGACUUCACGAGUCUUGACUAUGAGUCUGAAGGAGAUAUUCUCGAAGACGAAGAAGACUAUUUGGUGGAAGAGCUGAGCCAGCCUGUGGUCUCAGAUAGCCAAGUGGGGGGAGACGAGCCCGCCGAUGCCCCCGGCUCCACGGCAGUGGCGCCUCCCAGCCGGUCACCAGCACUCACCAAAAAGAAGCAGCAUCCGACCUACAGAGAUGUUGCUGAGCUGGUGGAGUUAAAGCAGGAGCUGGAAGCAGUUGGGGACUUCCGCCACCGCUCUCCAAGUCGGUCUCUGUCGGUUCCCAGUAGGCCUCGGGCACCUCACCCACCGCAGAGACCCCCCCCUCCAACUGGUUUAAUGGUGAAAAAGUCAGCCUCGGAUGUGUCCAUCUCCUCUGGCACCCACGGGCAGUAUUCGAUUUUGCAGACAGCAAAACUUCUGCCAGGAGCACCUCAGCAAGCACCCAAAGCUAGGACUGGGAUAAGUAAGCCUUAUAACGUCAAGCAGAUCAAAACUACCAAUGCUCAGGAGGCGGAAGCAGCAAUCCGAUGUCUCCUGGAAGCCAGAGGAGGCGCCCCAGGAGAAGCCCUAAAUGCCACAGCCUCGAGGGACCAGGGAUCUUCCAAACCGGAGCCCACAGCGGCUGUGGCCCCACUCCUGCCCCGUCGGCCUGUACCCAGAGUUCCUGCCAUCAAGAAGCCAACCUUGAGGAGGACAGGAAAGCCCGCGUCGUCAGAAGAACGGUUUGGGCAUCAGGCCGUCCAUUUUACAAUCGGGCCCCCGGAGACGAGCCUUGACACCCCUCCUCUAGCGACAGUCCCUCCCGUUCCCAAACCGAGAACACUUCAGCCCGGGAAAGGUGCCGCUGCCUCCGGGAAGCCAGCGCCGGACGAGGCCCCGACCGCGGCCGCCCCGCCCCCUCCGGAGGCCCCGCCCCUCGUGCCCCAGGUGCCCCCGCGGAGGAAGAAGUCGGCGCCGGCGGCCUUGCACCUGCAGGUGCUGCAGAGCAACUGCCAGCUUCUCCAGGGGCCCCCCUGCAGCAGCCCCAGCAGCGACUGUCCCCCCGCACCCCUGUCUGCUGGGGGCGCACUCUUCCCCCAGCCGGCUUUCCUUGGCCCUUCAUCACCUGCAAGCCCUGAGGCUGAUGGCACCAAGGACACGAAGUCAGAGGCCGCCCCCCUCCUCGGUGAUUAUCAGGAUUAUCAGGAUCCCUUCUGGAGCCUUCUCCACCAACGUAACCUGUUGAAUAACUCCUGGCUUCCCAAGAGCCCUGACCCCCUGGACUCGGGGAACAGGAACCUCGGAAGAGCACACGCAGCCCCCCAGCAAGUCAGUGCCUCACCUGCCCAGGAGCCGCCACUGGAGCACAGAGAAAAAGACUUCGGUCACUGGGUGACAACCAGUGACAAGGACAAGAGGACGGUGCUGCAGGUGUUUGACCCACUGGCGAAAACAUGACUGGGAAACUCCAACAGCAGCCCUCCCGCAGGAUGUGUGCCUUCUCGCUCUGGUCUCACCUUAACAGGGGAAAGCCCACUGGUCUCAGCUCCCCAGUUGAAAGAGACAUCUAGUUAAAGGCACACUGAAAAAACACUGAUACUCUUGUGUAGUUUACAAAAAUUGUGUCUCUUAUUCAGUAAAUUAUUCAGCCACCAAAAUAUGUUUUAUUCCAGACUUGUGCAUGUUAAGUUUCCUCUCAGGAUGUGAGAAACCUCCGGGUAGAUUCGGUAUACGGAUUUUAGGAAAGAGAAUCUAGCCGAUAAUGCUCAAGAAGUUCCCUCCCAUUGAAUUUUAAACGGUUGUUCAAGUUGUGUUUGUAUGUGGUGAGUUUUUUUUUAAAAUAUUGUUUGUAUUUUACAGAUUUGGAAUAACUUUUUGGUGACCCACCUGAAGGUUGAGGAAUACUGUAAGGAUUCCACUAAAAGGUGGUUGGGACCAUUAAGAGCUGUACCUGGCCGCUGACACCAGGUUAAAAAAGAUUUCAGAGUAGGAAGCAGCAAAUAGGUCAACCAAAAGAUUAGACUGUACAUUCCUGGGAGCCCUUAUGUUUGUUUAUGUGCAUGUAUAUUAGCCAUGAUUAUGUGUGCGUCCUGGGGGAGAUGGUGUCAUUCCCUGCUUUGGUUCCGGAGCAUAUACCAUUAACUUCACCUGAGCUCCAACUGCCUAAGUCUCCUGUACCAUGUCUUAGACUUUGCAUGUCCCGUAAAUUGCUACAGUCCUGAGCUCUGGUGUGCUACCAGUUUUUACACACUCUCUAUUCCCUAUUAAAUAAAACCUCAUGGCUUUCUUUUUCUCCGUAUAUUCCAUAUUCAGAAAAAGCACAAAAUAUGAAAACUCAUACUGGUACAUACAAGUACUGAUUUUCAUUAUUAUAAUUUGAAGAAUAUUUGUUUUAGUCUGGUCUACCUAGCUGUGGCUUCAGGAAGGAAAGUUACCACAUGUCCCCAUAUAUAAGAAACCUCAGGAUAUUCUAAGUUAGCUUAUCUACAUUUUUAUUAGGUUUUUUUUUUCCUGUACAUUUCCAACACCACUUCUUACCUGUUCAGUCUUUAAAAAAGACAUCACCAUACUGCUUUACAUUUUUAAAAGAAUGUUAUAAGGCCUAGAACUCAUUUGGAGCAGAUACCAUAAUUUUGCCAAUAAGAAAUUUACUGGCAAAAUCUCAGUGUGCCACAUACUAUGUUUAGGAGUCUUUCAUGUCAUAGACUCAUACAGCAAUGGUUCUGUGUUAUCCCUAAUGUGACCAGGGAAUUCCUGUACUCAAAGCUAAUGGUUAGGAUGGCAGGCUCCUUUUACUGAUCAGACCUCUGGGAUUUCAGAAUUAACUCUCAUUGCCACUAUCAAGAUACAUUACAGAUUAUACAAAAACAAAACUGUAUCUCAUUUCAUCUGAAAACUAAUAAAAGAAAAAGAUAUUAGUGACCCAUAUAGAUAAAUAGAUAAUACGAGUAGUUAACCAGUAGUAAAAGAUGGUGUUUUUAGCCUUAGCUGAUUGAUUAGGACACCUUCGCUAGCACUUACAUGCUUUAUAUCAUUUUUACCUCUCUGAGAAAUGCAAGAAGUAAACAACGUGAUCCUUGAAAGCGUUAGGAGGAGAAAGGAAGCAAGAUGGGUAAGAGGCUCUGGAAAGGUAGAUCAUUUACCAGGAUUCGCGUCACUUCUAAAGGGCAUGGUUGGGAAUGGAAUCGAAGAUUUCUUAAUUUAAACACUCUUUUCUCCAUAACCUCUUUUCCUACUAAAAAGGAGGUGAAUUUGAAGGUAUAUCUAUGUAACAGUGAGUCAGAAAAGCAGGGGGAAAGUAAGCACCACAAAAGUUGCUUCCAGUGCUUAAUUUUCAGGUUUCUUCUUUGUUCUAGAUAGCAAAUAGCCAAUAAAUGGUACACAGAACAGAAUUUCACUUAAGAUAGGUGUUCAUCACACAAAUAGUUCUUAAGAAUCUGACAGUAAGUAUUAACACACAGAACUGUAUUGAGGCAGGUCACAGGAAAAAUUACAAGUAGUUUAACAUUAAGAAAUGAAUAUUAUUUGCUCACGGCUGUUGAGAUUUAAUGAAUAACAGAGACUGGAUUGUGAGUUGAUAAUAUGUAAGGUUCUUGUACUAACGUUCACUUUAAAAAAAAAAAAAAAAAAAAGGGACGGGGCUUCCCUGGUGGCGCAGUGGUUGGGAGUCCGCCUGCCGAUGCAGGGGACACGGGUUCGUGCCCCGGUCCGGGAGGAUCCCACAUGCCGCGGAGCAGCUGGGCCCGUGAGCCAUGGCCGCUGAGCCUGCGCGUGUGCUUAACAGUGGGUAUCUUUCCUAGGUUAACGGUAGAGUUGGGGUUGAAUAAUCUCGACAAUGAGCAGCUGCCAUCCUGGGGAUUUCGUUCUGUGGUUUUUAUUUCUAAUCUUUCUUUGAUGUUCCCACACCAGCCUUUUUAUUGUGACCUUGCAGUUUAUUUCAUUACUGUUGUGUAAGGUGUUACAGUUCACCACAGUAUUUUAGGCACAGACUUUACAAUUCGGCAUUGUCUCCCUGACCCCAAUUAGAUUAUCUUUUUACAGUAUAAUCUUCCCGGACUGCUUGCCAAUUAAAAAAAAUUUGUUCCAGUAAAUUAUUGAAACAGGGACAUCUGCCCAAGAAAGUCCAGUAAAAGUUUAAAGUUGUUGAAGUUCACGACACUUAAAAUUCUCCUGACCUGUGUAUAAGCAAGGUAAUGUAUUAAAACAUUUGCUUUAUAAUGAAGUAAUUCUAUUAGAAAGGACUGCAGAAAUUACUUAUUGGAUCUUACUGGAUGACUAGCAAUGAAUAAAAACCCUAAUGUUUAUGUGAAGUGAUAAUUUGUACUGAAAUUGUAAAAAAAAAAAAAAAAACUUUUUAAAUGUUUUAUCUUUUUCUUUUUUAAAUGUGGCUUAUUUCUUUUCAGAAAUGAAGAGAACCUUGGGAUAUCUUCCUUGGCUAGCCUUUUAUUCUGGAUGAAAUGCGAUUACUAGUUAUUCCUCUGAGUUUUUGGUUUUGUUUCUUUUUUCAACCAUCAAAUUAAGUUGAAGCAACAUAAAAGUAAUAAUUUGGUUCAGAAUUUAUGAGUUGAAGGCUGCUAGCAGGGACCACAGCCAUAACAUAUAUAAUAACUUUAUGCUAUAAUGUUGAGAGAUGCUGGGAUUCAUUUUCUAUAGGAUCUUAUAGCAAACUUAGAUUGCUGGGGUGGCUUGAGUACAUUACUUCAUAGAAGCCUGGAGAAAGGAGUAAACAAUCUUCCAGUUCUGUCUAGGUUUGUUCUUAGCUAAUUAAUAGACAAAAUUUAGGUCAUAAAUGUUCUCUGAUGCCUUUCAGGAAUAAGAAUAUACUGACAAUCUCCACAUCAUAAAGAUGCCCAGUCCUUCCUGACCAGUAAGGACUAUAUUGAAUUCAUUUAAUCUGAGUGCCUGGGACUUGGAUGGGGAAGAAGGAAACGGCUGGUUACAGUACCUUCCUUUCCCAAGGUCAUGUAUUGAAACUCACUCUCAUACAAGGCAAACUGUUUGCAGUUAUAUAAUCAGCUCUGUCUCCAUGAGGUAGGAGAGUACAAAUGAGAGAGUGAUUAAUUCUGAAUUGAGGGCCAGGGGAGAUUUGAGAGAAGAGGAUUAAGAAUAUGACAUGUAGCAAAGUGGAUUUAUGUACAUAGAAAGAAUGAGCCGAUGGGAAAGAAUUUCAGAGCACCUUAAAUGACAGUUUAGGAUUUUAUUUUUAGGAUUUUUAUCUGUUUAUGUAGAUAAUAGAAGUAGUAGGUGGCAAAAAUACCUAAAUAAAUCUGAGUGUUAGCGUGCUUAAGAUUACAGGCUUUGCCUGGGCUAAUAGCAGUAUUUCAGAGCAUCUGGAACAUCAUUUAUAAACGGUGUGAGGUCGGGGGUCCAACAUCCUCCUCAGUGAUAGUUAUACUAUACCAUUUAUUAAAUAAACCAUUGCUCUCUCUUUCUUAAUUGGGUUUCUCAAGGUGUUACCCAGUUUUUUUUGACAUUUUCAAAUAACAACAUUGGUAUUUGUAUAUCCUUUCUAUUGUUUAUUUUUAUUUUGUUAUGUCGGUUUUUAAAACAUUUUUCAUUAACUUCAACUUAUCUUUAAUUUGCAUCCUUUUCUACUUUUUGUUUAGUUAUUUUCCUAAUUUCUUAAUUAAAGCUAGCACUGGGUUUCAUUAUUUUUAGUCUUCCUUAACAAUAAAGACAUUUAAGGUUAUAUAUUUUCCCCUGAUUGUAACUUUAACUGCACCCUACACAUAUUAGCAUGAAAGAGUCUUUUUCAUUAAUCUCUAGACUGUAAUUUGCUUUUAGUUUCUCUUUGAUUCAAGGGAGACUGUGCAAUUUUCCAAUAGUUAAGAGUUUGUUUGGCAUUUUAAAAUUGCUUCCUCCUAAUUUUGUUGGAUUAUGACCUGAGAAUAUGGCCUAGAUAAACAUCUACGUUUUAAAAUUUAUUGAGGUUUCCUCCAUGGUCAAGUGCAGGAUUGAGUUUUCUAGUGAUUUCAUCAAUACAAAAUAAAAAUGUUUUUUAGUUGUAGGGUAAAAAAGUGUGUGUUGUGUGACAUACAAUGUGUUGGUUCCAAUGUCCCCCAAUGGAACAGGUCUUUCUGGAAGGCACUUCUGUCAGGGGAUGGGUGCAGGCUCUAGUUCUAACUCUAAUACAGUGGCCUCCCAUUGUUCUUACUGAGGAUCCUUAGAUUUUGUUGAAUAAAAGGCUUCUCAAUUUGUUGUAAGUCUUUUGAUCAAUCUCUAGACAUUUGAAUGAUUGCCUUUGCUACCUUUGACUAGUUUAAUAAUCUCUUUCUCUUGGGGAGAGGUUUCCUUAGCUGCUCAUACUGCCAUUACAGUCUCUGCUUCCUGGGCUCUCUGUUCUUGUGCCACUGGUCUACCUGUCAAUCUCUGUAUCAAUAUCAUGUAUUAUUUCUUUGAUAUCUGGUAAAACAAGCCCUUCUAUUCUUGAUCCUUAGCAUUUUCAUAUAAAAAUUUUGGAAUCAAUUCAUCAAGUCCUAUUUAAAAACUAAAACCUAUUGGAAUUUUUUACUGGGACUUCUUAAAAUAGAAUGGACAUCUUUACAGGAUUGAUCCUUCAAUCUAAGAACACGGUAUAUUUCUCCACUUAAGUAUUUCAUUAAUGUUUCUCAAAGUUUUUAACUUAUAAAAUUUUUCAAACAUACAUGAAAUCAGAGUGAAUAGUUUGAACUCUCAUAUAUCCAUCACCAGGAUUUAAUAGUAAUUUAACAUUUUGCUAUAUUUGGUUUAUUUUUUUCCUUUGCUGAAAUUUUUUUAAAAAUUCUGCU